AUGCAGACUGAACAAAAAACUUCCAAGGAUGAUCCUCAAAUCCAUUUAUUGGCUGCAAAGUACUGCGAAAAGAUUCGAGCAAUACUUCCAGAAUCUGUUAAUGAUGAGCAAGUCAAAGUCUUGAAAAGUUGCAUUCAAUUUUUCGCACAUUACAUUAAGUAUCUGCCUGAGUGCGUCAAUGAUGUCCUGAGUUUGUGCAGAUGCUUCUUGUCUGCUCUUAAGAAUGAAUCAAUGGAGUUUGAUGUGGCAGCAGUAAAUCGUAUAGUUGGAAUCUGCACAACAAUGUUGAUUCGUCGAAAGGAAGAAGACGUUAUACGAAGUACUUGUGUUGUUCUUAAGGAAACUCUCGAAAUCAUACCGCAAUCAACUUUGAAAGUUAUUGUCACGAAAUAUGCAAAAACUUUGGAAUUAAUCUUUCAAAAGAUUUAUUUGGUUCAAACUUACUUUACUCAAUUAAGAGUUCUUGAAAUUUUCAUCUUUAUCACCAAAGACUUGAAGAAUUUGCUUAGUGAUACAAUCUCAAAACAUCAUUUGAUGCGUAAUGCCAAAGAUGAAGCUGUGAAGCUUGUUAUUGAAAAACUCAACAAGAUUAAUUCCAACGAUUUUGAGAAUACUUCUCACAAGUUUCUUAGAUUCUACAACAACAAUCUAUUUCCAAAGACAUGCAUUCUCUCAGUUGAAGGACGAAUGACAAAAAUGAAUGGACAUCCAAUAAAACAAAAAGAAAACAUGCUAAUUAAUUUCAAUGGUCGAAAUUUGACAGUCUCGUUCUUCAUUCAAAAUAGUUUGUUCUCGAGUCAAGAAAAUGCUACGCAGGAAAAUGACUUUUUGGUUUUCAUUGAAUUCGAAUGCAAAUCAAUCGUUUCGACCAGCAAAGUUUAUAAAGGCAGACAUUUUGUUGAUGUCGCUAUUGAUGUUAGCCAAGCAGCUACCUUCAAUGUAGAUAUGAAUCGCGAAAGCUUGGAUGAACUUAAGAAGAUAUCACUUCGACUUAUUGAUGAAGAAGCUACAUUGAAUAAAUUCACAGAUUCAUUUUUUGAAAAGUUUAAGCAAAAUGAACGAAUGAUGAGUGAUCAUGCCUCUGGUGUUGAUAAGAUGUCGAUAAUGACUUUCCAAACUAGUGCUUCUAUGUUGAACGAUUUAAAUACUAUGAACGAGACAAAAACUCAAUUCAAUCAGGAAAUUGAGACCCAGAACUUACUCGAAGAAGUAAAAAUCCCUAAAAUAGAGAAAUUAAAGACUAUUCAAGUUAAACCACGAAUGGAAAACGAGAAAGUUUUUAAUGAUUUAGUCUUUAAAAAUGAAAAUACAGUACCAAAGAAAGCACCUGCUCAAUCUAAACAAUCGCAGGCUAAACCUCGAACAAAACGUCAAAGCGCUAAGAAAGCUAACGAACGAUUAUCUGAUAUUUACGACGAAGAUAAUAUGGAGGAUGAAGGAAAACUACCAGCUUAUCGCGAUUUCAAGGCACAACAAAAGAAGAAAGAUACUGAAGGAGCUAAGACAAUUAAAAACAAGGAUGGUCAAGAUAAUAACAGAAACUAUUAUCUCCAGCCUGUUGAAGUAAUCACUCGAACGACAUUAAAAAGUAGAACAACGAAAUUUAAUAAAUAUGAAUCGAAACCAAAGCACUUUGACACGGAUGAAGAAAAUCAUGAGGUUAAGCGCAAAGGUAAGGCAACAAAGAAUGAUGUCAACAAACAAGAGCCUAAGAUUAAGCAACCAAAGAAUAGACAACGUCGAGUUAAAGAGCAAGAAGAAAGAAAGCCUUUGGUUAACUUUGACUUGAUCAAAAAUACAAAUAUCAAGGAACAAAAGCAAGUUCAACAGAACCAAAAGCGUAAAUUACCUCAAAGUCGUGUCCCUGACGGUUUCUUAAUCGAUGAUAAUAUGGAAAUUGAACCGGUAAUUAAGAUUGAAAAUAAAUCUAAUAAGAAGCGUAAAGUAGUUCAAGAAGCAAACGACGAAUCCUAUAAUUCUGGAUUAUCUCGAAACUCAGUAUUUAAUAAGGAAAAGCCAGCAGUGAAACGUCCAAAGGAAGUUGAGCAUCAAGAAGUUCCAGCUAACAAGAGACGUCGAUUAACCAUUGACAAUGUCUUUGAAUUAUGUGAAUCAGAUAAGGAACCACCAAAAAUAAUUGAAACAACGUCCAGAGUUGAGGAAUGGCUGAAAAGCACUUCUGAUUCCUUCAGUCUCGAUAUGUCUCUAGAUCAUAUUGAACCCGAAAUUCAAAAAAAUCAAAAACCUCUCCAAGUUACAAUGGAAACUCAGAACGAGGAUGCUGAUAAUGAAAGUGGAAUGUCUUAUGGACAUUUUGCUAAUGAUGAACAUCAGCAUUAUUCUUCAUCAAGUCAUGAAAGUAUGGAUUUAGAUGAUAAGAAUUUUCCAAAACAAAAGCAAUUUACUGCUGCUAUUGAAAAGAAGCCUAACAUGACACAACAUUAUGGAUUUGAAUAUCCAUCGACAAGCCAACAAGCAGAUAAUGCAUCACAAAACGACAAUCUUAUGACCCAAAAUAAUAAUAAUUUAUUUAUGGAUCCAAGCAAGGCAUUUAAUAUUCGGAGCCGUGAAGCUGCAAUGGAAUUGACAUUACGUAAGAAGAAAAUCGAUGAUGAUGGAAAGAAUAUUUCUAAGAAAUACGAUCAUUCAAUCGCAAAGUUAGGAAAGAAAUGUUAUGAGCAAGUUCAAAAGACUAAGGUUCAAUUAAAGCACGUCAAUCAGUUGCAUCUUCGUUAUGAAUCUGAGAAAUAUAAGCUUAUGGUUGAACUAACAGAACAAGAAAAGAUGUUCUUAGCAUUAAAACGAGAAGUUGGAAUGCAAACUGAAGCUAUAGAAUUGCACAAUCAAAAUAAAAAGAAAGAACUGAUUAAUUUGAAAAAGGAAGCUUUGCGAAAGAACGAGGAACUAAUGCAAGACGCUUGGCGUGACUAUAUCGAUAAUUUCCAAUCAUGCUUUAAUAAUUCCAUUCAAAAAGCAUACGAAAUUUAA